UGACCUUGCUACUCGACCCGAUCUAUUGCAACCUCUCCAGUCUGCGCCCCUUGGCGUACUCACUAUUAAACAACAGAUCGCCAAUACCCCGCUUUAAUGCAGAUCAUUGAUGCCUAGCUAUUUCUGUAAUUGCAGAGCAAACAGAGAUCCUAGAUUCGCUUUGACAUAAUAUCAAGGGCCGUGCUUGUAACCAUGCUCAGCUUCGGAAAGUGGCAUAAUGGUUUCUGUAUACCCCUGAAUCUCGGUAGAGGCUGACUGUCAAAGGGAAAAAUAAACAUUGGCAUAUCUGGUUUAUCCAUGUUUCAACCCUUAUAAAACAAUACCUGAUGGCUGUCACAUGCAUUCGCAGUCAAGGGAGACAUAUUAUGACGUAACUCCCUUGUCAUCCUACUGGUUUCGGAAUAACAACACAGAAUGCAGUUCAGGCCCUGAUUAUUUCCAAGCCAAUACACACAAUCCAUUUGCAAGGCCAGAGGUAUCGUCACCUGGUCUCCAGACAAGAGCCAAAGAAGAGAUGGAGAACUUGGAGAGAGAAAAAGGAAACGGUGGAGAGGAUGCUCUAGCACUUGAGCAAACUAUACAUAAUCUUCAAGUGAAUUUGAAGAAUGUAGAGCGCCAAUUGGAGACUGAGCGUAAUAACCACGAGCAAACCAAACUUGAUCUCGUCGAGAAACAGAAGGAUGCAACCAACCAGCGACAACUCAUGUUAGAUGCAGUCGGCGAACUGAAUCGGCUUCUGCGAGGGAACGAAGUCCGGAACCAAUUAACUGAUGACGAAAUUGUUCAAAAAGCCAUGACAUUACGCGUUGGAAUAAGGGACUUUGCACUGCGAAAUUUCGCAAGCGACAUUGGACAAUCUAGAAUUGUGGAAGAGUCAUUGGAGUCCCUUAACAAAUUCUUGAGAAUGCCUCCAGAUUUACUACUAAAAUAUGUCUCUACCUCAUCCACUCGUAUCAGUGUAAUGCGAGCUUUUCUGUGGUCGUAUAUUCGCGAAAGCGUCUUCAACCAAUUCUUCUGGACCUGGCAAGGUGCCGGCGCUGCAUUCCGUGAUAUGUGUGGUUCGCUUGAUAGCUUGAGACAUGAUAAAAACGCAGGUUUACAAGGGAUGCGUAAAUUCCACACGUGGAGAGCUAAUACAGCAAGUCUCCUAGUUGAGGCCAUGUCCCUUGAUGAAGCAGAGGCCGACAUAGAUUGUCAAACUCUUGUUAGGCAAUGGAGCAUCCACAUCUCUCAGAUACUGGAACCCUUUGGCUCGUCUGGGAGUCGAGAGUACCAAGAUGGGCUUGAGAGCAUUCUCAUUCAGAGCCUGGAACUAGAUAAGGAUACCUGCAGACAAGUAGCAAGCAUUGAGUGGCUUGCGCCUAAUGACUUUCCCUUUACUUUCCUGCGAGAGGAAAUGGAAUUGGAAAGCAGGCAAGAAAAACAAAACGAACACAUGGCGGUUACGAUGGUGCUUGGGCCCGGCUUAGUUAAGUAUGGAAAGUCAUCGGGGGAUAGGUUCGACACAAUGGAGAGGUUAUUGAAGACACAGGUAUUUUGUGACAUGUCUGAACGACAUGGCCGGCAAUAGUUAGAUCUCUAAGACUUACGAUUAUGAGAGGCAAAAGCAGAUGUUGAAUACACUCCCUAAAUGAUACGAGACCCUGCUUCUCCGCUAUGUCUUCAGAACCUGUGAAGCAUUGAUUUCAAUUCUUGGUCCGACAUGAAAACUCGAUGCUCUGGAUCUUUGCACAGAUUCCCAAAUCCUGAAGGAGUGUAUUGCCAAGCCUUCUCCUGAGAUUGUCAUGCCAAGCACCUGAGACGCUAAGACAGGCAAGCUGUGCCGAGAGGAAGCACGAUCGUUUACAGGGCUACUCUAUGAUGAAAUACAGCCAAUGCUAAAACGCAAGUUUAUCUCGUCUCUAUAAACAAAAGUGUCAAAGAGGUGCAGGUAGGGAUCAUGUAUGGGCA